AUAGAUAAUUUGUAGUUCUACUAUUUUCAUGACUUCAAAAUGAUACACAGUUUAUUUAUUAUCAACGGUAGUGGAGAUGUGUUUAUGGAGAAGCACUGGAAGAGUGUUGUACACAAAUCAAUAUGUGACUACUUUUUUGAAGAACAAGGAAAGGCAGGGAAUCCAGAAGAUGUACCUCCAGUCAUUGCCACCCCUCAUCACUACCUCCUUAACAUCUACAGGAACCAGCUGUAUUUUGUGGCAGUAGUCACCACAGAAGUACCACCACUGUUUGUCAUCGAGUUUCUUCACAGGAUUUUUGACACAUUUGAGGACUACUUUACAGAAUGUUCAGAGACUACACUGAAGGAACACUUUGUUAUUGUGUAUGAGUUACUGGAUGAGAUGUUGGACAAUGGUUUCCCGCUGGCAGUGGAGUCUAAUAUCCUGAAGGAACUGAUCCGACCUCCUAACUUCCUACGGACCAUCACAGACACUGUCACAGGAAAAUCUACAGGGGUCAGUGCUACUCUGCCCACUGGUCAGUUGUCCAAUGUACCCUGGAGAAGAACAGGUGUCAAAUACACAAACAAUGAAGCCUAUUUUGAUGUGAUUGAGGAAAUCGAUGCAAUCAUUGAUAAACAAGGAAACACAGUCAUUGCAGAGGUCCAGGGAUAUAUAGACUGUUUGAUAAAGUUAAGUGGGAUGCCAGAUUUGACCUUGUCCUUUGUUAACCCCCGACUUCUAGAUGACAUCAGCUUUCAUCCUUGUGUUCGGUAUAAAAGAUGGGAGAGUGAAAAAGUUUUGUCCUUUGUUCCCCCUGAUGGAAAUGUUAGAUUAAUAUCAUAUCACAUAGGAUCAAAUAAUAUGGUUGGUGUACCCUUGUAUAUAAGACAUAACAUUCAGUACAGGGAGGGAAGUGGAGGGAGGUUUGAAGUCACAAUUGGACCAAAACAAACCAUGGGAAAAGUGGUAGAAAACAUAUCAAUGGAGGUACCUUUCCCUAAGUCAGUCCUGAAUCUCACCCUGACACCCUCUCAAGGGAAGUACACCUUUGAUCCCGUAGGUAAAAUGCUUACCUGGGAUGUAGGUAGAAUGGACCCAACCAAACUCCCAAGUAUCAAAGGCAAUAUAAGUUUGCAGAGUGGUCAUCCCAUACCAGAGUCAAACCCAACAAUAAAUAUAAAUUUCACCAUUAGUCAGAUGGCUAUAUCUGGAAUCAAAGUCAACAGGCUGGACAUGUAUGGAGAGAAAUACAAACCAUUUAAAGGAGUCAAAUACAUCACACGAGCUGGAAAGUUUCAGUUCAGGACAUAGCCAUGACAUAUGUCAGUGAUAGGACUUGGAGAACAAAUUUUUAAUUGAAGGAAGUGACAAAAAGGAGUCAGUGAUGAUUAUUUAUACUGGUACUCACCUGCUGUUGUGCAAUUUAUGUUCAUACUAAAAUUAUAAUUUCAUCAGGAAAAUUUCAGC